GGGACCCUUUGAACGUUCAACGUGCGAUAAAUUGUUUAAUAUAGCACGAAUACGUCUUCUUUGAAAACUCGACCCAAUAGAUAAUUCGAUCAUAUAAAUAAUUUCCCCAAACUAAUAUUUAUACUAACAGCAAAAUAAUAUUAGAACAACAAUGUCUGUUCUUGGAAAAAUCUUUGUCGGUGGAAUGCCAUACAGUAUGGACGAAGAGCAAUUAAGAGUGGAAUUUGGAAAAUUUGGAACUGUUACAGAUAUUUUUAUUGUGAGAGAAAGAGAAGAUGAAAAUGGUUUGAAAAAAUCAAAAGGAUAUGGUUUUAUAAGUUUCGAAGAUGCAACAGCAGCAGAAGAAGCUAUUAAAGCUAUGGAUUCCAGUACUCUUGCUGGACGUAAAAUAACUGUUAACUAUGCAACAAAGCCUACAAAUGGUGGUGGUACUGCAGGUGGAAUGAGUCGUGGUCGUGGAAAUUUUCGAGGGCGAGGCAGUAGAGGGGGUUAUGCUAAUUAUGGUGGUGGCUAUGGGGGAUAUCAGCAAGUUAACUAUCAACAGUAUGAUGGAGUUUAUGGAGGAGGUUACAUGCAACCUGCUUACAACUCUGCAUCUGGUGUUGAUGGCUCUGAUUAUUACCAGCAAGGUUCUUACAUGCAAUCAUCGGUUCAGGCUGCUAAGCAAACUGGAUAUUCUCCAGAAAAUGAAAACUCUGGUUAUACCCAACACAAGAGUUAUGUAACAGCUUCGCCUGUCGUUAUUUUAACAGGCUACGAUCAAAGUGCAAAUUAUGGUCAAAAAAGCACUGCAAACUAUUCAUCUCAAUCGUCUUAUGGGGGUGUGGCAGAUUAUGAAGAAUCUAUUUCUAAUGGAACUUACCCUGUAAAUUCUUAUACACAACAGUCACUUUCUGGUCAAAGCUGGCAAUGAAUCGAAUUAAAAUUCUUUUUUAAACCUUAAAUUCUGAUGUCUGCUUAAGUAUUUGGAUUUGUCAGACAAAAAGGACUACUUCGCGGUUUCUCGAUAACUUUUCAACAAACGUUUGAGGAAAAAGUUGUUAAUAUGGUCAGCACUAAUUUAAAAUUGAUGUAUCGAUCACUGAAGAAUAGAGAUAUUGUUUUUAUCUUCGUGAUACAAAUGUUCUAUGAACCAUGAAUAGAUUUUAAAAUGUGCUGUUACAAUUUAAAUAGUGAUAGUUUUGUAUUGUAUUGAUCGUAUUGUAAACUGUCGAGGGGUACUAAAACCCCAAUAAUAUAAAUAUUUUUCAUUAAAGAA